AUGUCCAGCCUGUUUGGCCAUGGGGAAGCAUCAGGUGGUGUUUCUCAAGUGUUGCAGUCAGCCGGUGGAAUGCUAAUGGCAGCCACUGGUCUCUCCUCGGCCAAAGCAGUACAGUCAAUUUUGCUGCUCUUUGUCUUGACAGCUUUGGAUUUUUCCAACCUUCAAGAUGAUAAUCAGGCUUAUCAACAUCAGCUGAACAACAAUAAUACUGCAUCAGCCACACCACCACCAGCAGGACUGUAUCACCACAAUCAAAAUCAAAACUUUACUAAUACUCCCCAGUUUUCUCUGGAGAUUAUUUCCACAAUCAGCAAGAAUCACAAGAAGAAAGAUUCUGGGAGUUCUGGAAAUUCUCUGUUUCAAUACAACCCAAAUGCUUUGGAAGGAAUUUCUCCCAUUCCGUUUCAAGACGAGUGGAUCAAUGAUUUUAACAUUGCACCAUACCAAAGCUCCCCAUCAUCCUCAUCAUGGCCCACACCAGAAUCACCCAAACAAUUGGAUCUGCCUGAUUAUCUCCAAGUGUUUGACCUUACAAAACAGCAGCAAUCAUCAUCACUGAGAACCAUGGGACAACAAGCGCGCCAUUUGAUUGAUCAACAUUUGCAUCAAGGCAGUGGCGCCAUGCUCUUUCGAAAUCUCCACCAAACAAUCCACAAUUCAUCGGAUUUUGCCACUUUUUGGGAGCAUGUUGUAUUGUCAUCCAACAACAACAACAAUGACAACAAUUGGAACAUUAUGAAUGAUCAUCUCAGUUGCUACAAUCGCAAACGACAACGGCUCUACGGACAAGUCGAUCGGGUCGAUACCGAUGUCCCUGCCAUUACCAUUGGACCACACAAUGAACAUUCCUGUAAUCCACGCCCCUCGGAAAAAAUAUUCUUUUAUGCCCUUCACACGGCGGCACACGGAGGAGAAUCCCUCCUCCGACGCAAUGUCGACAUGCAAGUGCCUUCUGAAGCGUGGCAAUUGUUAGAACAACAGCAUGCACGUCACGGUGGUGCCCUGACAUUUACACGAUCCUAUCCGGAUGCAACAAAGUUACUGUCGGUGCCAAAGGAAGAACGACAUCCCACCGAAAUGAGUUGGCAAGAACGAUGUCACACCAAUUCCACACAAAAAGCAAAAGAGUACUUUCGCAAACACCAUGGCAUUACCAACGUGACGUUUGAUCAAGAGGGAACAUUGACGGCACACAAUUUAUUGCCCGGGUAUCAUCAUCAUCAUGAGCACUCGACGAAUGAAAAUGAAAAUCCAGUCUGGUUCAACCGCAUUGACUACGGAUUUCCCGUCACAAUGGCCGACGGAUCUACGUUUCCACUCGAUUUGCAAGCCUACUUGAAACGACAAAAAUGGCACGAAACCACAGCAUUGAAAUUGCAACCGGGGGAUUGGUUGGUGCUCGACAAUCGACGGGUGCAACACGGACGAUUGCCCUAUCGAGAUGCUAUUGUCAGCAAUAGCGAUAAGCCACGACAAUUGUUGGUCACGUACACGGCGUAA